AUGUCUCGUGCGAGGGGUCCAUCUUUGAUUGCCGGGUCAGAUGAAGCACCAGAAGGAGUGCAUCCAACCAACAAGGCAAGCCGAAUAUCCUCCCCAGGAGAUGUUGUAGCUUUAGCUGCCCUUGCAUGUGGAGGUGUAGUUGGCUUGGCACUCCUGCCUGCCAUUCUGGGAGUGCGUUGCGUGCGUGGCCUUUAUCAAGCUGGGAAAAAAAUAUGUUCCAAAGAUCCAGUGUUGGAUCCAGAUAUGGCACAGGAUUGUGAUGGCAUUUGGCCUUUCAGUGAGAAGCCAGGUGGUGGAGGUGCGCAGCAGUUCCCUGAAGGAACUAAACGGCUCGCCGGCUAUGUAAAAAUGUCUGAUGGUGUCAGGAUUGCGGUGGAUGUCCUUCUGCCUCCUUGUGCGCAAGGCGCUGAUGGCACCUUUCACCCAGUUCCGUGCGUGGUCCACAUGGCGCGUUAUUGGCGCGCCUGGGAAAUGCGGUGGCCAAUUCGAGAGUUGUUGAACCGUGGGGAGCCAUGA